CAGAACAUACAGGGCUCGUGUUCACUUCUGAGGAUCCUUUGACUGGAAAGUCAGCAGUUAGGUGCGUUCAGAUCCGUUCAGACAGAUAGAGGAGCAUCACGUGCACAUUAUUUCUUUGAGAAGUUGUGCAUUGAGUUUGUCUCGAGCACAUGUCAUCUGUCACACAUCAUGGACUGGGGUUUUGAUUUGUGGGAUCAGCAAGAUGUGAUUGAACGUCACACUCAGUGUGGACUGGAACAGCUGGAGCGAUACGUGAAGUUUGUCAAAGAGAGAGCCGAAAUCGAACAGAAUUAUGCCAAACAGCUCAGGAAUCUGUCUAAGAAGUACUCCAGACGGGGCAUCAAGGAAGAUCAUGAGAUGAAAUUGACCAAUCAGCAGGCGUUUCAGGAGGUGCUGAAUGAGCUGAACGACUACGCCGCCCAGAGAGAGCAGCUGUCCGAGAUCAUGACGGUGACCAUCUGUGUCGACCUCACCAAAAACAUUCAUGAGCUACGGCAAGAACGCAAGAACUAUUUCUUGGAAAUCAAGAAGUGUCAGCAGAACCUCGAAGGCACGCUCAAACAGCUUGACCUUACUAAGAAAAGAUUUGAGAAAGAAUGGAGAGAAGCAGAGAAAGCCAUCCAACAGACAGAGAGAAUCCAACAAGAACCAAACAUAACUAAAGCUGAUGUAGACAAGGCCAAACAGCAGGAAAACAGUCGCACACACGUGGCAGAGGCUUGUAAGAAGGAUUACGCCGUGCAGCAUCAAAAAUACAACAAUGAGCAGAACAACUUCUAUCGCUCAGAGAUUCCCUCCUUGUUAAAAAAUCUGCAGAACAUGGAGGAGAGACGGAUCAGGAUGCUGGCGGACGGUUACAUGCAGUUCUCUGAGACCGAGAAGAAUCUCCUGCCCAACAUCAUCAAGUGUUUAGAUGCCAUCAGCACAGCGGGGAGGAACAUCAAUGAGAAACAGGACACGGCAGCGCUCAUAGAUCAGUAUAAAAGCGGUGCAGCGCCCCCUGCUGACGUGGAGUUUGAAGAUUACAGUCAGAGUCUGAAAACCACUGGCAAUGAGAACACACCGCAGCUGCACAAAGCUCGUAUCAAACUGUUAUUCCACAAGAAAAGCAAGAUAACGUCUCCUGAUAAAAACAUGCCCCCGUCAGUGGAAGACUUCACUCAUCUUCCUCUUGAUCAGAGAAAGAAACGUCUGCAGGACAAGAUUGAUAAUAUCAACAGGGAACUGCAGAAAGAGAUGGAGCAGAGUGAGGCUAUGAAUAAGAUGAAGGGAGUGUAUGAACAGAAUUCUAAGCUUGGAGAUCCGUCCAGUCUUGAGCCUCAGAUCACACAAACCAUUCAGAACAUUGCCGGUCUGAAAGAAAAACUCCGGAAAUAUCAGGCACAGUUGAAUGAAGCCGGCGGUGUAUCAGGAUCACAUAAUAACAGCAGCAGCUCCAGCAUGUCUCCAUCCGAUGAGAAUAUUUAUGAGUUUGGUUUUGAUGAGGACUUUGUCGACGUGCCCAUCGGACAGUGUAAAGCACUCUAUAACUAUGACGGUGACAAUGAAGGUGCUGUGUGUAUCCGGAAGGACGAGCAGCUGACGUUAAUGGUGGAGGAUCAGGGCGAUGGCUGGGUCAGAGUUCAGAGGGCAAACGGAGACACAGGAUAUGUGCCUGCCUCCUACAUCCAGACCAUCUGAUUCAACCUUCAACAUGAUCAGACACAGACUGUAGAACCAAUAUCAGCCAAUCAGUCUAGAACUCUUCAGGAAGAUGGAUUAACAUCAUGGGAUUAAAAGGAUAAUUCAUCCAAAAAUGACAAUUCAGUCAUCAUUUAUUCACCCUUGUGUCAUGUCAACCAGUUCUUCUUCAGAAUACAACAGAAGAUAUUUUGAAGAAUGUUGAUCAUCCAGCAACACUGAACUCCAUUGACUCCACUGUAUGAACACAAAAUCACUGAGAUAUUUCUCAAAAUAUCUUCUUUUGUGUUCCACCGAAGGAAGACUCACAUACACACAUGAGAGAGAAUAAAGGAUGACAGAACUGUCACUUUAAAUCAUUCUGACAUGUCUCUCAGGUAAACAAAUGAUCUAAUGGGAUGUUAUAUAUAUUUUCUCUCUGUUGACAGCAGGGUUUACAGAACUCAAGUCUGAUGUCAUUAUUCUAAUGUGCUGUUGGUUAUAAUUUUAUGAUGUGUGUGUGCGCUGAAGAUGAAACAUCCAUUCAUUAAAAACACUGUUGUGAACAUCA